UAUAUCGAUGCUCUGGAAUGUGAAGAGGCUGUGUUCACCGAUUGAUGCACAAACACGGAAACGAAUCCUGAUGCAUGGAUGGCGCUCUAGUGAAGAUCUGUUCACCCUAAUCAGUUCUCCGAGACUUUUCGACGACGUGGUUGCAGAAGUUGAGCGACAAUUCUUCUUUUUUUCUCUUUUCUUUUUCACUCCGAACAGCUCCGUUCUUCAGCUUGAAUGGUGCAUCGCAGUGGGUGUUGAUAAUUGCAGCGACGGCGCCACGAUCGAGACGGACAGAAGUGACAGGCAGAACGACGACACCUCGCUUGUUUCGACGCGUUUUCGCUUUCUUUUUAACAGCUGAAGCCUGGGCUGACUGGUUUCCAUCGGAGCGAUCGCUGUCGAAGUCUGUCAACCAUCAAUCCUGCCGUUGGCGAGCAUAGCCAAGUCGAAUCGAGGGGGAGGAGUAGUAGCGGUUUUGAGCGUGCGUAUCUCGAGAUCUUGGAUUUCAACACACAUAUGCAGGAAAAUGGUAUGCCUUUUUCUUUUCUCUUUCCUUUGCUGUGCUCUGUUUGUUACACUGUUCAAGCCAACGCACGACUCCUCGUGAUUUUGUGGAACUUUGAGCUUCAUCGUCUCCGUCCAGCAAUCCCUUGAACUUGCAGCUCUGGAAAGUCAACUCACAUCUCAAGGAAUGCAACGUAAGUAAACGACCCACAUAAAUUUUGAGAGCAUUUCACUUUAGGGUUAACUGUACUUUCAUUGUUUUUGUUUUUCUCCUGUCUGGAAAUUUGUCUUUACUCUUAUGACGUAGGGCUCGUGAGCAAAAGGACUGCCCUGCUCACACUGUUGCAGCGUACAACCACCCCCAUAUAUAAUUGUAUAUGUAUAAAACGUUGUUAUGAUUUCACUCUCAUCAUGCACUGGCUGUGACAUUUUAUAACCCUGCACUGUUCCGAUGUAACGUUGGGUCCAAUAAUUUAAGCGGCAGUGGAGAGGAGGAGGUAUGCGUUGGCUUCUGGUUGUUUUAAAAACCACCUUCUAUUUCGGUCGAGAUUCUAGCAUCGGGAAGAAUGUUCCGGAGAACAGUGCCUAGUUGAAAUGCCAAUUUGUUCUCAUUGACCAGGAGAUUUGAUGUCACAGUUUCUUUUCAUUUCUUAAUGAAGUUAUAGUAAUUGUUUUGAAUAGAUAAUUUUGGUGACGGUAGUGGCCUUAGAAUGGAUUGAGCUGCUGGUGGGCGUGUCCGGAGGCUGAGAUCGGAGCAAGACGCAGCAGUGGGGGGUGUGCGACUCUAGUGGCCGACCCGCUCUUGGGCUUUGCCACCUAAACCUAAACUAAAGAGGCAAAAAAUGAGUCAUCCUUGCUGCAGAAUCGCCACUUGCCGAAGCAGGCCAAUGAACGUAGUCUCUUUCGUGUCAUUUACCGGUGGCGGUCAUGUGAAAGUGCCAGGGACCUUUCUGAGGCAUCUUUAUCCCUGUUUUCCUCGUUACCACUACCAUGCUCAAAAAGAGCAAGAGGCGGCUGCGAUUACGAGAGUCGCAGACAGCUGCCGAAAUAGCCUUAUCACAGAAGUUAGAAAGUGCGAAGUGAGAGUGAGAGAGGCGGCCGGUUUGGAGCUAGAAGAUUUGUGGGUUCGUUCUAGGUAGGCGUGGUGUGGCAGUGGAUUUAGUCAAUGACAAGGAAGCGGUCUUGAGACUUUUGCAGGCACUUAGUGGGUGUGCCAAGAGGGUUAAGUAAAUUGUUGGCAAUUCGUGGGAGGAGGAGGGACAGUGUUUCGGUCUUGGGGCAGUGGAGGUGAGGGGAGGGGAGUGGAGGGCGGCAGGAAGGGAUGGAGGUCGGCGGAGCAGCAGUGGCAGAGUUGGGGAAGGUGAUGCCGCGGGUACUCAUCGUGUCAAGACGAACGGUGCGGAAGAACAAGUUUGUGAAUUUUGUGGGGGAGUACCACUUGGACUUGAUUGUGAGCUACGGCGCAGUGCCGGUGAUUGUACCGCGAGUGACAGGAGUGCAGUCGCUGCUGGACAGCUUCGAGCCCUUCCACGGGGUGCUGCUGUGCGAGGGGGAGGAUGUGGAUCCAACGUUGUACAUGGAGGCAGGCGAGACGCCCGCUCUGACGCCGGAGGAGCUGGAAGAGAUCAAGGCGGCACACAGCAGUGACACAUCCAUUGACCGGGACAAAGAUUCGAUCGAGCUGCAACUGGCACGGAGGUGUUUGGAACGCAACAUUCCUUAUCUCGGAAUAUGCCGCGGUAGCCAGGUUCUGAACGUCGCAUGUGGGGGGACAUUGUACCAAGAUGUGGAAAGAGAGCUUGGGCGAAAGACUGGCGUGGAAGUACAGCACAUGGAUUACUCGAAUUAUGACGGACACCGUCAUCCAGUGACGAUUGUGAAAGACACACCCCUGCAUGAAUGGUACAUUCAGUCGCUCCAGGAUGACAUGCAGAUCAAUGUCAACAGUUAUCACCACCAGGGAGUGAAGAAGCUUUCGCAAAGAUUCAAGCCGAUGGCCCAUGCGCCGGACAGUCUUGUGGAAGGUUUCUAUGACCCAGACGUGUACAAACCUGAGGAGGGCAAGUUCAUAGUGGGCCUACAGUUCCAUCCUGAGCGCAUGCAGCACGAGCAGUUUCCAGCAAAUGGGAACCCUAAUUCUCCCCCCGAGUCAGUGUUUGACUACCCCGGCUGUCCUCGAGCGUACCAGGAGUUUGUGAAGGCAGUCGUAGCAUACAAGAAGAAGAUCGAAACCUCAGGUGCCGAAAAGACACGGUCGAGGCUAAGAGAGCUUUCACCUUGGAUUGAGAAACGGCGGAAGGAGCUGGUGUACAGCUUCUCCUUGGCGAAGAACAUGUAUGAGGAGCAGAGGAGAGCACACUCGGUGCACAACGCGAGCAUCGCCUUGCAGGCAUUGUCACUGUCUUUUUCUAAAAGCCAGCAUGAUCUCAAUCUAGGUGCUGAAUUUCUCAAGGUUAAUUCCCCUCUCAACAAGCAGCAGGUAAACCGGCUGAAUCAGAUGGGGGCUACUGUUCGAAAUUCAAAGAAUUUCCAGCUAACCUUGGAAAUCGCGAGGAAAAAGGAAAGCUCUGCGAGGAAGUGGCUCGAGGACAUGUCGCGGGCUGAAGUGCAGGAAUUGCAUGAAUUCUACCAGAUGAUGGUUGAUGUAUCAUCUCAGGUGUUAGAGCAAAAGCAGAGGCUUUCAUGAUGCCUCUCGUUGCGAACUUAGGAGCGCAUGCCAUUAUCAUAGGUGUAGGAAGACCUCUAGAUUCUACUGCAUGAAUAUGUGGUGGUUUUUAAUAGAAUAUUACAACUAGAUCAUGAGCGGGAGAUUUUUCACUGAUCAUUGACAAAUAUGAUCCAUAUUGUUUGGGUUGCAAUGGGGACCUCUCUCUCCCUCUCUCCCUCCCUCUCGCUCUCUCUUUUCCUCUCCUUUUUUGUCAAUUAUUUAAUUUUGGCUGUCUGUUGUGGUCUCUCAAUCUGGAAACCUUAGUAAUUACCUUACAACUAUCAUGUAAAUAGUGAUUUCUGGGAGGAAUGUUAUUUCCAAAUUCUUUCUGGCAAGGUCAAGUCCAGCGGUCCCGGGAAGAUUGUGUAGAAGAUCCGGUGCAGGUUAGAGUUUAGAGUGAAGGUCUUGGUAAACAAGACUUUCGUGCAGUUCUUUUUCUGCACAACCUUGUUUCUAUUGUGCAUGCUGUUUCCCAUGAUUCUUGUUUUUAUGACAAUGAAGCCACAUUCUUCUACCAAAGUGCAGAACUUGCAUUUCUUCAAAUAUGACCGAAAGACUGAUGAGCUGUGGGGGGGGUAUGAAGACGACGUGCUAACGAUCUUCGUCUCGCACAACGGCCCGACCUGUGAGUUGCCACAUUGGUGCACAAGCUUCAGUUUUGUAUGUUUCACGAGUAAGAUGCUCUUCGUGUGGACUUCUUCUGAUUUACUAAAGCAAGGGAGAAUGAGCGUAUCUCAUGGGAGAAUAAUCUAGACUUUGAAAAGGCAGGAAUUGACAAAGCCCAGGGGAAGAUGCAUCUGAAUACAGUAGCAAAUUGGCUGUCAACCGUACUACUGUACAUGUGCUUUCGAACUGGCCACGGAACAGCAACUUUGACUGUCUGUUUUUCUUGUUGCCAUCUUGCGAAUAUUAAAACUCAACGCCUCUGGGCAUCUGUAAUAAAGCUUUCAAUGAAUGUUAUCUCA